AUGUUUGCUAAUUACCAGGAAGCACUGAAUGAUUAUGCGUAUGCUUUAUCAGUGAAAAUUCCUCCGGGUAUUCGUGUGUUCAACAAAAUUGCGGAUUUCCGCUCAUGGCGCCGACAAUUGCUUCUUGAUCGACAGACCUUGGGUUAUGUUCCUACCAUGGGAGCUCUUCACCAAGGUCAUUUGGCUCUUGUGACGGCUGCUAAACAACAAUGUGACCACGUGGCUUUAACUAUCUUUGUGAACCCUGCACAAUUUGCACCGAACGAAGAUUUGGCUUCUUACCCUCGAACCUUGCAGUCGGAUCUUGACCAGCUGGCGGCUUUGGGUCCUCAUGUUGCUUCGGCGGUUCUGGUGCCGCAAGUCCAAGAAAUGUAUCCUACAGGAAUCGAGUUGGACGUCAGCAAGCAAAAAGGCGCCUUUGUCGAAGUCAAGGGAUUAUCGCACCAGCUAGAAGGGAUUACACGACCCCAUUUUUUCAGAGGCGUCGCUACUGUUGUCACCAAGUUUCUCAAUAUCGUCCAACCGGAGCAUGUCUAUUUUGGUCAAAAAGAUAUCCAACAGUGUUUCGUGAUCCGCCGUAUGUUGCAGGACCUUCACGUCCCAGUGCAAAUGCACAUUUGUCCUACUAUUCGUGAAGAGGACGGUCUUGCCAUGUCAUCCCGUAACACGUAUCUCAGCCCGACGCAAAGAACUCACGCUUUGUGCUUGUCCAAAGCACUUCAAACCAUGGAGAAAAUGUACCGUGACGGUGUCCGACAUGCGCCUACCCUUAUUUCGGCAGCAAAAGACGUCAUUGAAACGACGCAACGACAAGUUGAAACACUUGGUCAAGAUUGGCAAGUGAAAUUGGACUACGUAAAUGUCAAUUCGCCCCAUGAUCUGUCCGAGAUUCGUGAUGAAAUCACUGACGGAGCCAUCAUGAGUUUGGCCGUUUUUGUUGGCAAAACUCGCCUCAUUGACAAUAUCGUGGUCGAUGUCAGUUUAGAUUCAUAG